AUUACCUAGAAUCAUCCCAUCAAGCUCUCUUUCCCUUGCAAAAGAAGAAUCACAUAAUGGCUUUGAAAGGAAUUCAAAACCCUAAUUAUCCAUUCUUCACCAUUAUUUUCCUUGUUUCAAUUAUUAUUAUUCCAUGUUAUAAUUGUUUUCAGCAAGACACUCUCAAUGAUUACCUUGAAGAAGAAAUAUCUGGCUAUGAUAAUUCUCAACCUUAUGCUUAUCCUUCCUAUUUUAGCUCCAUCGAUGACGGUUGGUCCAAGCACUUCAGGAAUUUAAGAACUGAUAAUUUAACAAAAUUAGUGUUGAUGAUUUUGGAGCUAAAUGAUAAUGUUCUAAAUUUGAAAAUAUUUGAUAAAGUUGGAUCCACAUCAACUUCAGUUAACAAAAUUAGUGUUGAUGAUUUUGGAGCUAAAGCUGAUGGAACUGACGAUACUCAGGCUUUUGAAAAGGCUUGGAAGGAAGCUUGUUCAUCUAAAGGAGCUAUUCUUCUUGUGCCUAAGAACAAAUAUAGUGUGAAGCAAGUUAGAUUCUCAGGUCCUUGCAAAUCCAGUAUAACAGUGCAGAUAUAUGGAACUAUUGAAGCGUGGGAAGAUCGAUCAGCUUACCAGAAAGAUGAUAGACAUUGGCUUGUAUUUGAUGAAGUUGAGGAUUUGGUAGUUGAAGGUGGUGGCAUAAUUGAUGGGAAUGGCAACAUUUGGUGGAAAAACUCAUGCAAAGUCAAUAAAGAUCUUCCUUGCAAGGAUGCACCUACGGCUUUAACCUUCUAUAAAUGCAAGAACUUGGUAGUAAAGAACCUGACAGUCCAAAAUGCACAACAAAUGCACGUGUCUUUUCAAAGCAGCAGAGAUAUUAAAGCCUCCAAUCUUUUGGUAACUUCACCUGAGGAUAGUCCUAACACUGAUGGAAUCCAUGUCACUGAAACCCAAAACAUCCAAAUUACAAAUUCAGUCAUAGCGACAGGUGAUGAUUGUAUCUCUAUUGUAAGUGGAUCGAAAAAUGUGCAAGCCAUGGACAUAACCUGUGGGCCAGGCCAUGGAAUAAGUAUUGGAAGCUUAGGCUCUGGAAAUUCAAAAGCUUAUGUUUCAGGAGUAACUAUUGAUGGUGCCAAGAUUUCUGGCACUGCAAAUGGUGUUAGGAUAAAAACAUAUCAGGGAGGUUCAGGAAUUGCCAACAACAUCAAGUUCCAAAACAUUGAAAUGGACCGUGUCACCAGUCCCAUUAUAAUUGAUCAACACUAUUGUGACCAAGAGAAACCAUGCAAAGAACAGAAAUCAGCAAUUCAGGUGAAAAAUGUGGUGUACAAGAACAUAAAGGGGACAAGUGCUUCUAAUGUGGCUAUAAAGUUUGAUUGCAGCAAGAACUAUCCAUGUCAAGGGAUUUUGUUGGAAGAUGUUAUUCUUAAAACGGAAGGAGGAGACGAAGCAGCAAAAGCUUCAUGCAGUAAUGUUAAAUUAACUGAAAUGGGAGUAGUUUCUCCAAAUUGUCCUUGAACAAAAACAAAAAUUACUGUAUGUAACAUAUAUAUAUAUAUAUAUAUAUGAAUAAUACAUAUAUA